CCCCCCCCUCCAUUAAAAGCCGAGAAAGCCAAUCUUAUUUAUAAACCUGCCGGGACUUGACUGUCGCGAUGUACAAUACGGUGUGGGAUAUGGACCGCGAUGACACGGACUGGAGGGAAGUGAUGAUGCCCUAUUCCACUGAGCUGAUAUUUUACAUUGAAAUGGACCCUCCAGCUCUUCCUCCAAAGCCCCCCAAACCAAUGACUCCAGUCAAUACGAAUGGAAUAAAGGACAAUUCCAGUUUCUCUCUGCAGGAAGCGGAGUGGUACUGGGGGGACAUCUCAAGGGAAGAAGUAAAUGACAAAUUACGAGACAUGCCAGAUGGAACAUUCCUGGUGCGUGAUGCAUCAACCAAGAUGCAGGGAGACUACACUCUGACAUUACGGAAGGGUGGCAACAAUAAACUGAUAAAGAUCUAUCAUCGGGAUGGAAAAUACGGCUUUUCUGAUCCACUGACAUUUAAUUCAGUUGUGGAACUGAUUAACCACUACCGCAAUGAGUCUCUGGCUCAGUAUAACCCGAAGCUUGAUGUGAAGUUGAUGUAUCCAGUGUCCCGGUACCAGCAGGAUCAGUUGGUGAAAGAAGAUAAUAUAGAUGCAGUAGGUAAAAAGCUUCAAGAAUACCAUGCUCAAUAUCAGGAAAAGAGUAAAGAGUACGACAAAUUGUAUGAAGAAUAUACCAGAACAUCACAGGAAAUUCAGAUGAAGAGGACCGCAAUUGAAGCAUUUAAUGAAACUAUUAAGAUAUUUGAGGAACAGUGCCACUCACAAGAGCGAUACAGCAAAGAAUACAUUGAGCGAUUUCGCAGGGAGGGGAAUGACAAAGAAAUUGAACGGAUAAUGAUGAACUAUGAAAAAUUAAAAUCACGCCUGGGUGAGAUCCAUGAUAGUAAAAUGCGCCUGGAACAAGAUUUGAAGAAACAAGCUCUGGACAACAGGGAGACUGAUAAGAAAAUGAAUAGUAUCAAGCCUGACCUAAUUCAGCUCCGCAAAAUCAGAGAUCAGUAUCUUGUAUGGCUCAAUCACAAAGGGGUGAGACAGAAGCGAAUAAACGACUGGCUGGGGAUCAAAAAUGAAAAUAUUGAUGACACGUACUUUGUGAAUGAAGAAGAUGAAAACCUGCCACAUCAUGAUGAGAAAACUUGGUUUGUUGGGGAUCUCAACCGUAUCCAAGCAGAAGACUUGCUCUGUGGGAAACCUGAUGGAGCAUUUUUAAUUCGAGAGAGUAGCAAGAAAGGAUGUUAUGCUUGUUCUGUGGUAGCUGAUGGAGAAGUGAAACACUGUGUGAUCUACAGCACUCCAAGAGGUUACGGGUUUGCAGAACCGUAUAACCUGUACAGCACACUUAAAGAUUUGGUUCUUCAUUACCAGCAGACAUCCCUUGUCCAACACAACGAUUCCCUAAAUGUCAGGCUUGCCUAUCCUGUCUACGCACAGAUGCCCCCCUCUCUCUGCAGAUAAAUUUUGGGGAGGAGGAAAGCGUUGGCUAUCUUGGAUUCUUUUCUACAAUUUUUAUUAGAACUUGGAGGGCAUUCUUUCUCCUUAGACUGCUUGUUUUGCACAAGAAGUGAUUCUGUGAAUGUGAAUCAAAAAGAGGCCUAGCAGCAACAAGACGACAACUUGGGUGUAGGUGUCCUGGUGCUACCUUAAAAGCUCAGCUGUGCUUUUACACUGAUACUUUUGUUUCCUUAUGAGGGGAAUAAACUCAACACAAUGCAUACAAAAAUACUGGAAGCAAAACAUCGUUUUAUGGAGAUAAUUUUUUGCCAGGCACCUUCAGUGGAACUUCUAAUUGGAUUUAGUUUUCUCUUGUUCUUGUAGAGACAAUUUGAAGCCUCUGUUUGAGGCAUCAGUAAUGUCUUUCAGUCUUAAACUCCCAAGAAACUAGGGGGGCAACUCUACCACAGCAAUUCUUCUCUGUUAAUUUUAGCAGCUUCACUGCGAUUCAGCCGAACUUCCAAAAGAGGGCUUGUCUUGAGGUAGCAUGGAAUUUGGUGAGAGAAGACCAAAGGAAUUAUGGGAAAGCUUCAGGUUUUUAUUUAAAUGGAAAAAUGCUUGUAAAGAAAAGUUGCUUUAUUUUUUUUGCCAACAGUAACAAAGUUUUGGUUUCAAUGGCACUACAGGUCUUCACUUAAAGGAAACAUUUAUAACCAAAUUGAACACACCAAAACUUUGUUCGUUGCUAGAUUGAGCACUUACGGGGAAGGUUGCAUUAGCAUCCGCACAUUUUUUCUACACCAAAACUUGAAACAAAUAAAAGGAAAAGCUAAACAUUGUGUGGCUUCAAAACACUAAAUUUGUCUGAUCUGAUGUAAUUGCUCGCUCUCCUCUUUCUUCACCCACCACCCCCCCCCACUUCCUCCCAUUCCUCAGCUUGGGAUUCUGUUUUCAGUUUUUAAUGAUACUGUGCUUCAGAAUGUAAACUAGAAUGAAGCUUGCACUCACCUGUUGCAGUUCUCUUGCUGAACAAUGACAGACUCUUGUAAUGCUUGAUUUUGGUAUAGAAGAGGUAGGUGCAAUCAAAUGCUUCUGGAUGGCUUAUUGUACCAAAUUCUUUCAUGAGGUGUAGUCAUUUCCAGUUGUAUAGAAGUGAGCAUGCUAAUUAUAGAUCUCCUCUGAUUUGUUCUUUGCAAGCUAGGUUCUGAACUCUCACACCACUGCAGCCAAGCAAGAUUUUACACUGGUGUAAUCUAAAUUCCCUUGUAGUUAUUUUUUGGACGUGAUGCAAAACACAGGUAAGAGAGCCAUACUCCUCAGUUAUUGGAUGUCUGGUACCAUCCUUUGGCAAGUGCUGCUGUCAAAUACUGGAGUGGGUAGUCCUGGGCUUCGUCAAGUAUAGCAAUCAUCCAAUAAAUCCUCUCCCUGGAAAGUAUACAAAGCAGCUUAUUUCCAUUCCUUAAGCUUCUAAAAUGAAAAAGAGCUAAAUUUGGCAAACUCAACCACUUGGCAUCAAAGCACUGGCAAAGUAAUUGUUCAGUGUGCAACCUUGAAAGUUACUUUUGUUCCUAUUACUGGAAGCAGUUCCCUUGCAAUGCACCCAUUGUGCAGGACAGGAAGCAGACAGUCAUGCAGGUCUGAGAAUGCGCUAGACCCGUUUCUGACCCUGGGGCUUAUUUCCUGUUCAAAUGGGUUUUUUCUGUAAUGCCUGGGCAGUAGUGCCAGGCUUGUUGCUGUUUGUUUACACUAGAAGUAUUAUUUUGCUGAAUGUCAUGAAUUUGCAAGCAGGGAAAUGACAAGGCUGGAGCACUGACAGCCGUUGCAGGAAGGGUAGUCUGGUUGCCUGGCAUGCCUGUGAGAUGUUUUAUUUUGCACUAAUGACCCUGACGCAUCCUAGGCGCUUUCUAAUCAGCCAGAGCGCAACCUUCAGGCAAAGAUUUCUGUAGAUGCCACUUUUCUAAUUAUAUGAAACGCUACAAAAUUUAACCAAAACUGGGUGAGAGGAGAAGAAAAUUCAUGCAAGUUGCUAUGUCAAAGUGACCUGCAUCUGCUCAUGUGUCCCUUCUCUCCCACUUCCCUAAGAAAAGGAAAAAUGAGAUGUAGCCCUUGCUCUUAGUGGAAAAUCUGGAAUGGAUUCCUCAGUAGUAUACGGACAUAGAAAUUUUUCUUUUUAAGGAAAUUUCUUCUUUUUGAAGAAACUUGCCCUACCUCUUGGAUAAUUUGCAGUUCUAAUCUGGUAGCUGUAAAGCUGUCAUUCUCACACCUGUUGUGCAUCUAGUGUUCCCUUGGUGCUGGGCUGAGUCCAAAUGCCCGAUGAGGGAAAUCAGUUCAAAGGUACAAAUGAUAGCCAGGUGCCUCAUGCCUGUGGAAAAACCUGUGCGAGAGGAGUGUCUGAUUGUUUUCUCUGCCUUUGUGAUCUCGCUGGGCUCUCCUCUUACAAUGUUAACGUUUGAGGCUGACGGGCAUGUAUUUCUGAUCCCUGUUUUUGUUACAGGGACAACCUGGCUGAAGUGUUUCACAUCUGCCCCACUUUUAGAUAGGGCUCAGUUUUGUUUUAAACAAGCGCAGGUCUGCUUUCAGGCUCAUAAAUCCUGGCACACCCUCGCAGUACUGACAGCAGUGGGAUGGCAGAGCGGGACUGUCUGAAGUUUCCCUGUAGUGGAAUCUGACUGAUCCUGUGAGGUCUUAGUCCAGGCUCUGGCCCUGGCUCUGCCAAGGUAAAUACAGUGUAAUUCCAUUGGCGUCCGUGAAGGUAGCUUGGCUUUAUAGUGGUGUGAGUGAGUUGGGAUUCUGGACCCUUGCUCUCCGAGAUCUCCUUGCUGGUCACAGGUGAUGCAUUUGCUGCAAAUGAUGGACUCGGAGCCAAUAAGCCAUCUUGAAGCAUUCUUUGAAAUUCUGUUUUGCCCAAACCUUCAGAUCAGGGCUGUGGGCAGACUAAGCCCGCAUUCCUUGUAUUUGGCUCUGCUGUCCUCAGCAGUCUCUCUGAGGCUGUGUUUUGCCGCUGUAUCUCUGUGUUUGGUUUAGGCACCUGAAGUCCCAGCUCCUACGACUGCUCCCCUUGACUCUCACGUGCCAUUGCACAGAUUCUUUCUGCAUCCGUUUUGCACUUGUAGGGCAAAUGAAAAUGGGUAUAAAACCAACUGACACGUGUAGCUGGUGUGAUCCACAGGGCAAGGGCUUGGUCCUGCUGUGCUCGGCCUAAUUCUGUUUGCUCAGUAGUGUUAGACCUGUGAGAAAACCCACAGCUUCCAGGAGCUGUUCUACACUUGCAUGACUGAGAAAUCAGAAAUGGGCCUGUGCGGUGCAGGAUUACACCCUGGUAUGAAAAGCAGCUGUUAAGCCUAAAACAAAUACAGGAAAUGUGAACAUAAAGGCAAAACAAAGGAACUCAAGUUCUUUUAAAACAGUAAGAUGUGAGAAGGUUUUGGCUUCAAGAGUCAAAAUGUCAGGUGGAAAGGGGGAAAUAAUCUCACUGUUGUAGGAGCUGUCUGUUAGCGGACCGCAGUUAGAGGAGGACUGAUCUCAUUGACCCACGUUGUAUUAAAUAUAUAUGUAGACUUAAAUAAAAACUUUUGCACAGUGUUAAAUGGGGGGGGGGAUGUUGAAACUCAAAUAUGCACAGUUUCUUCUAAUCUGUUUUGAAGUAUAUUUGCAGGGAUCAGGGGUGAUUCAGUAUUUUGUAUUCGUAUGGAUGGAAAUCAGGUCUACUUCCACAGUUGCCAUUGGCCCCAUUGUAUCAGCCGUGAGUGCCAUGUUUUUUAAGUUAGUAAGUUAUAAAUCUUUUCCCACUAGUUUCUUUAUUGAUUACAAGUAAUAUUAGCAUGGGAAGAACCAACCUAGAAACAGAGGGAUGUCCUGACAGACGUUUCACUAGUAUGUGAAGCAUUAAUAUGUGACUGUCCACCUUCUGAUAUUGGAGUGCUCUAGAUUUGGGGGUUGUAUUUUGUUUUUUUUAAUUCUCAUCAGCAGUGGAUUGGGUCACUGCUUUGCACUGUUGGUAGUUGCAAUCUAGAGUUAUAUCCAGUACAGCCCUCUGUCUUAUGCCAAAAAUAAAAUGCUCUUUCCACACUCAUCUCUCUUGAUGUGGCAGAUGGUCAAGAAGUUUUCCAUUUAAUGUGAUGGGCCUGAUUCUUUUCUUGCUGACACUAGUGUAAGCAAGACUUCCACAACCGAAAGCCAUUCCCAGGAAAAGAGCUUGUAUUUAACCAUACCUGAAUUCUAGUCACAGUGGGGCAAAAAUGAAAGUUUGUCCUUCGCAAAGCCAGGCAACUGUAAUGGGGACUGUGGAAAUGAAUGUUGACACUUAGUGCUGUUCUGGGGAGGACAGGGGAAGGAGGAGCGUCUCGGUUGCCUCAAAUCCUGGGCUCUCUGCAGGCUUGGGUGGCACCGUGUCCGCAACUGAACGCUGUGGCUGUUUAAAACAGCAGAAUUGCUAUAGGAGUGUCACACCUUCAGUUUGGAAAAGCCCCUUAUUUGGUACUUGAACAAUCUCGCUUCUGUUUUUGAAUGUCUGUUUAUUUUUUAUUUUUGUUACACUAACAGGGAAUAAAAAUCUGAAAUGUUAGUGAGUCUUGUAUGCUUGCUGCAUUGUGCAGACAUGAAACAGGUACUGUUUGUGGAUCAGGAGGCGUAAGAGACAGGUUCAAAAUGCAGUUUUACAAAGCACUAUGAUGGGUUGGGGGUGGUUUUGUUUAGAUCAUGUUUAAAAUCAGAUUUUCUUACAUGUACUUUCCUUAUAUUGAUUUGCAACCUCUGCUUUCGGAACAGCAAAAUCAAAAUGUUCCCAUAGAACAAAGAUACUCGGGAGGCGGGGGGGAGGAUUAGGCUUGAUCAAAUUCAGUGUUCAAAGCAAAUAGCUUUAAUGAAGAGGAAGGGUCGGCAUCUUAAAGCGUCCCUUUGGUUGUAGUUCAGUGAGGCAGUAGACAGACCAUGAAGUAGGACCUCCGCCUUGAACCGCGAAAGAAAGAGGAGGUGCCAGAGCAGACCCUUCCCUUUGGAAUACAGCUGCACUCUCCUUAAA